AUGUCUGGAUCAACACGAGCAGCCGCUAAGAUGUUCAACAACCCCACUCUCUCAGAUGUCAAGAUCAAGCAAGUAUACGAAGGCAAGAUGCGCGAGUACCAUGCACAUAAGGCUGUACUGUGCCUCGCAUCUGGCUACUUUCUCAACGCCUUUACCGGUAGUUUUAAGGAAGCAUCCGAGAGCACUAUAGAACUACACGAGGACAAGCCCGAGUACUUCGAUUUCCUCCUCAAGUUUAUCUACACCGGCAUUUACGAUAAAGACGAGAUCGUCAGGCUGGCUGGCAGCGAUGACUGCAAGUGCGUUCUUAUCCCCAUCGGGAUUUACGCGGUCGCUGAUAAGUACGAUGUCGCACAAAUCUACGAACCGGCAGCAGAAGAUAUCAAGGCCGUUCUCAUGAACGCUGUCAAAGAUCGAAAAGACAUACUCACCACUUCGAUCAAGGCUCACUACGGUACUGAGGUCAAAGCUGAUGGACCUAUGGGACGCCUCAUCACCGCUGUCAUCUUCGAACACCACAACGACCUCCUCGACACCGAAGAUUUCGAAACAUGGCUCCUUGCUUACCCGACCUUCGCCGCAGACGUGGCACUUCACUUUCAGCGUGGCAAGAUUGGAGGGAAAGAUCGCGCUAAGUGCGUCAAGUGCCUUAAAAAGAUUGUCGAAAUUGAUGUCAUGGGCAAAAUCAACCACGCUUUCUUCUGUCCUUACUGUUGCUCCCAUCAAUAUCUUCCUGUAUCUAAGUGA